CACAUUUUCCUUUUUUCACAUAUCUAGUAAUUUUUGUUUGAUAAAAUCAAAAACUACAAAAUGCAUCACAGAGAUUCUUGUUCUAUCUUUGUCUUAUAAAAAGUAUUGAAUUUGGUUCUAGUAAGCAGAACAUCUUGAUCCUGUGAGAGCUUGGUUUAUGCUUUGUUAAGUGGAUUUAUUUGGAUUUUGCCCUGAGUUUUAGAGCAUAACCUUUAGUAUUAGAGUAUAACCUUUAGUAUUGAGAUGUGAACCUUACCCUAAGGUGUGGCCCUUUUGGGUUUCAAUGGAAGGCUCAAGGUAUUUACCAACUCCCUGUAACUUGCUGGGACUUGAACUCUCAACUCUGGAACCCCUACUGGAUAGCUACUUAACUUUUUCAGUCUUCCAGUUGUUACUUUCCGCUGGGCUCCUGUAGACUUUCCCAUGCAUGCAUAGCUCGAGGGUUGGUCAAAGAUUUGAGGAUAAUUUAUAUGGAAAAUUUAAGGCCUCUGCUUUGGACUCAUGUUUUCCUUCAUUUUGCAGCUGCUGUGACAGCCCUGAAUUCCAAACUCUGACUCGUUAGCCUGACGGAACUGAUACUUUCUGCUUGAGCUCUAUCUGUUCUGCACCACGCAGACUAAGGAGUGCCCUCAGGUAAAAAUCUAUAUAAAAGUAGAUUUCGAGUAGCAGCAGCGCCGGGUCCCGCGUGGAGGUGCUCUUAGCGGUGCUGUUUCUCGAGCAGCGGCAGUUCUCACUACAGCGCCAGGACGAGUCCGGUUCGUGUUCGUCCGCGGAGAUCUCUCUCAUCGCGCUCGGCUGCGGGAAAUCGGGCUGAAGCGACUGAGUCCGCGAUGCAGAGAGAAAAGGAACAGUUCCGGAAACUCUUCAUUGGUGGCUUGAGCUUUGAAACCACAGAAGAAAGUUUGAGGAACUACUACGAACAAUGGGGAAAACUUACAGACUGUGUGGUUAUGAGAGAGCCUGCAAGCAAAAGACCAAGAGGAUUUGGUUUUGUGACCUUUUCCUCCAUGGCUGAGGCUGAUGCUGCUAUGGCUGCAAGACCUCAUUCAAUUGAUGGGAGAGUGGUUGAGCCAAAACGUGCUGUUGCAAGAGAGGAAUCUGGAAAACCACGGGCUCAUGUAACUGUGAAGAAGCUCUUUGUUGGUGGAAUUGAAGAAGAUACUGAGGAACACCAUCUUAGAGAUUAUUUCGAGGAAUAUGGUAAGAUUGAUACCAUUGAGAUAAUUACUGAUAGGCAGUCUGGAAAGAAAAGAGGCUUUGGUUUUGUUACCUUUGAUGAUCAUGAUCCUGUGGAUAAGAUUGUGUUGCAGAAAUAUCAUACCAUCAAUGGUCAUAACGCAGAAGUAAGAAAGGCUUUGUCUAGACAAGAAAUGCAGGAAGUCAAAAGUUCUAGAAGUGGAAGAGGAGGCAACUUUGGUUUUGGAGAUUCUCGUGGUGGUGGUGGAAAUUUUGGACCAGGACCAGGAAGUAACUUUAGAGGAGGAUCUGAUGGAUAUGGAAGUGGCCGUGGAUUUGGGGAUGGCUAUAAUGGGUAUGGAGGAGGACCUGGAGGUGGCAAUUUUGGAGGUAGCCCUGCUUAUGGAGGAGGAAGAGGAGGAUAUGGUGGUGGAGGACCUGGAUAUGGCAACCAGGGUGGGGGCUACAGAGGUGGUUAUGACAACUAUGGAGGAGGAAUUUAUGGAAGUGGAAAUUACAAUGAUUUUGGAAAUUAUAACCAGCAACCCUCUAACUAUGGUCCAAUGAAGAGUGGAAACUUUGGUGGUAGCAGAAACAUGGGGGGACCAUAUGGUGGAGGAAACUAUGGUCCUGGAGGCAGUGGAGGAAGUGGGGGUUAUGGAGGGAGAAGCCGAUAUUGAGCUUCUUCCUACUUGCCAUGGGCUUCACUGUAUAAAUAGGAGAGGAUGAGAGCCCAGAGGUAACAGAACAGCUUCAGGUUAUCGAAAUAACAAUGUUAAGGAAACUCUUAUCUCAGUCAUGCAUAAAUAUGCAGUGAUAUGGCAGAAGACACCAGAGCAGAUGCAGAGAGCCAUUUUGUGAAUGGAUUGGAUUAUUUAAUAACAUUACCUUACUGUGGAGGAAGGAUUGUAAAAAAAAAAUGCCUUUGAGACAGUUUCUUAGCUUUUUAAUUGCUGUUUCUUUCUAGUGGUCUUUGUAAGAGUGUAGAAGCAUUCCUUCUUUGAUAAUGUUAAAUUUGUCAGUUUCAGGUGACAUGUGAAACCUUUUUUAAGAUUUUUCUCAAAGUUUUGAAAAGCUAUUAGCCAGGAUCAUGGUGUAAUAAGACAUAACGUUUUUCCUCUAAAAAAAUUUAAGUGCGUGUGUAGAGUUAAGAAGCUGUUGUACAUUUAUGAUUUAAUAAAAUAAUUCUAAAGGAAAAAAAA